UUACCUGGCGGACCUUGGGGCCGCUCUCCCGCCCCCGACCUGGACCCUCCUGCACUGCAGACCACCCCCCAACGGGGGCCUCGGACCCCAGGGCUCAGAAGGUCUCAACCAGGACUUUCCAAAAGUUGCCGCGGGGCCUUCCGAUCCCCUCGGCCAUCUUCCAAAUCUGGCCAGGCUGAUGGGGCCAGUGAGGAUUCUCUGCACCUUGACAUUCAGAAGCUGAAGGAGAAGAGGGACAUGCUGGACAAGGAGAUCUCCCAAUUAAUAUCUGAAGGCUACAGUGUGGAUGAAUUGGAGCACCACAUCUCCCAGCUCCACGAGUAUAAUGACAUCAAGGAUGUAGGCCAGAUGCUGCUGGGCAAACUAGCCGUGGUCCGAGGUGUCACCACCAAAGAGUUGUAUCCAGAAUUUGGCCUGGACAUGAGUGACUGAGCAGAGAGUCACAGCCCCUGUCCACGGCCCCCUGGGACAUGCGGACGUGGACAGUAGAAGCUGUGAGAGCCCAGCCAAUGCGCCUGGAGGCCUUCCGGCAGGAAAUGUCAGCCGCCCUUUUCUAGGGAGCCCACGCGAGUCAGGAGGGAGCCAGUAAGGAGGAAGGUGUGUGCCCAACUCCGAGACUCCCGAAAUGUGACAGCGAUGCCUGUGUAUAAGUAUAUAUGUAUCCUAUUUGUAA